AUGAAUUUCAUUCUCACAAUUAUCUUUCUCAUAUCGAAUUAUUUGCUAGUUGUUGAAUCAGUUGCAAUCAAAAAUUUGUACUCCUAUUUAUCACUUCACAAAAAAGACAAUGCUGGUGAUAGUUCCAAUGACGUCUUCAAAAACGUAGACUUGUUUUACGGUACAGAUAAAAAUGGUCACAUGUUCCCCGGUAUAACCCAACCUUUUGGAAUGGCUAAAGUGGGAGUUGACGUUAAUGAUCCUGGUUUCGGUGAUUCUUAUUCUGGAUAUGCUCCUAAUGGUGUAAUCACGGGGAUUUCUAUGAUGCACGAGAGUGGAACUGGAGGUGCUCCUCAAUAUGGUGUGGUUUGUCAACUACCUUAUACCGAUGAAACUUUGGCUGGUGAUCAAGAAUUAUCAUUAAAUAGAACUAAGAAAGAUAGUGCUACCAUUGGACAAUAUUUUGUUAAUACUCCAAACAUUGACAUCGAGUUCACAUCUGGUGAAAGAAGUGGAUUAUUCAAGUAUAAUUUCCAUUCUGGUGAUAAAGCUAAUGUAUUGGUUAACGCAUCACAUCAUUUAUCAGCACCUAAACGACCACAAUGGACACAACAUUUUGUCAAAGGUUCCAUUAAAACGAAAAACAACAAUGGAUAUAUUGGUCAAACUACCAUUAAAGGUGGUUGGGGUGAUCAAUCUGAUUGGACAAUUUACUUCUGUGGUGAAUUUAAUGCUGAUUUUACUCAAGUUACCAGUUUUGCUAAUGGAGAAAUUUCUUACAACUCCAACCAAGCCAAUUCAAGCAAAGGUGAUGAUUCAAUGGGGUUAAGUUUCCAAUUCAAUAAACAAGAUUUGAAAAAUAAUGAACUUAUUAGUCGUGUUGGGAUAUCAUUUAUCUCCACUGAUAAAGCUUGUGCAAAUAUUGAAGACAAAAAUUUUGAUUUCGAUUCAAUGGUUCAACAGAAUCAACAACAAUGGAAAAAUGAAGUUUUCCAGAAAUUUGAAAUUCAACAUGACAAUCAAACUGUUGUUGAUCAAUUUUACACCAAUUUGUAUGGGAUUCAUUUGUUACCAUCUAACCGAACUGGCGAAAAUCCAAAUUGGGAUAAUCAGGACAAUAUUGUUUAUUAUGAUGAUUUCUUUACUAUUUGGGAUACAUUCAGAACAUUAAAUCCAUUAAUCAAUAUAAUUAACCCAACAAGAGGUGCUGAGAUUGUGCAAUCACUUGCUAACACUUACAAAAACGAUGGAUAUGCUCCAGAUGCCCGUUCAGCAAAUCAGAAUGGUCGUGUUCAAGGUGGUACCAAUUCUGAUAUUGUCAUUGCUGAUGCUUAUGUGAAGAACGUGGCAAACAAUGUUGAUUGGAAAUUAGCUUAUGCAUCAAUGGUUAAAAAUGCUGAAGUUGCUCCACCAUACUGGUAUGACCUGUAUUCACCAACUGAUUCCUCCAAGCAAGGUCGUGGUGCCUUACCAGACUGGUUGAAAUAUGGAUAUAUCACUCGAAACUAUACACGUUCUGUUAGUAGAACUGUUGAAUACGCAUAUGAUGAUUAUGCAGUUUCAGUUUUGGCUAAAGAUUUUGGUUCUUCAGAUGAUCACGAUAAAUACUUGAAGCGUUCGGCCAAUUGGCAAAACAUUUGGAAUUUCGAUGCCUCAACAAACCAUUAUCAUUAUACUGGAUUUCUCCAACCAAAAAAUGCUGACGGUUCAUUUAAUUAUACCAGCUAUGAUCCUUUAAAUUGUUAUGGAUGUUAUUGGGGUAACGAUGAAUACGAAGCUAAACCAAUUGAAUAUGGUUGGUCAAUGCUUUAUGAUAUGGAAACAUUGAUUGAAUUUAUUAAUCAUAAUAAUAACGACAAAGAUAACGAUGCAUCAUUGGUUAUUCAACGAUUAGAUGAUAUGUAUUUAUUACAUGGACAUGAAAAAAUUGUUGAUGUGGGGAAUGAACCUAGUUUUGCUACUCCUUAUUUGUAUAAUUUUAUCAAUCAACAAUAUCGAUCAGUGGAAUUGGUCAGAUAUAUCAUGAACACAUAUUUCAAGACAGGAGAAAGUGGAUUGCCAGGUAAUUCUGAUGCUGGAUCAAUGCAGUCAUGGGUAAUAUUUGCCAUGAUGGGAAUUUACCCUAUUCCUGCUACUACUACUUACUUGAUCACAUCUCCAUUUGUAUCAAGUUUGACAAUUAAUUUGGAAAAUGGUGCUCAAUUCAAAGUAAAAGCUAAUAAUUUAUCAGAAAAGAAUAUUUAUGUUCAAUCAUUAAAGAUUAAUGGCAAAAAAUGGAAUAAAAAUUGGGUUGAUCAUAAUACGUUAUUUGGAAAAAAUGGAGGCGCCAUUGAAUUUGAAUUGGGUGAGAAUCCUGUGGUUUGGGAAACUGGUGAAAGACCACCUAGUCCUGGACAUUAUAAAUUAUAA